AUGAGCAGCUUUGUAAGACACAGUGAAUGGAAUGACAUCAUCGCCCAGCCACGAUACCUUCAUAGGCCAAGGGAUCUGCCCCUCGACCCGCUAGGUGAAACGGCGAUUGAAAGCCAGGAGACUCACAACGAGGUUAUAUUACUAUCAGAGGAAAUAGUGCCCGCACUUAGCGGCUUCCCUGAUGUAAAGGACGUUGAUCAACUAAGAGCCCGGGACAUUAGAACUAUAUUGAUUGGCCCUAAAGAGACGACGGUGGAGUCGGCUAAGUUUCGGUAUGGAUCUCUUGGCAUAUAUAAGGUUUUGCCCAUAUUACUAAAGAAAAUCAGGUUUUGGGCCAAAAAUAUGUUCAAGCUCGAGACUAUGGGACCGGAUCAUAAGAUAAUGAUUUGUCAUAAUGGAAAGCCGGUUGCAAUUCGACAGAAAUUGUUCAAAAUCCUCACUGACGCUCAUCAGAAAUGCAAGCAUGGUAGCCGAGAUAAGACAUUCACUCAAGUCCGGAAGGUCUAUUCAUGGGUUCCCAAGGAAUUGAUCGCCCGUUUUGUCAAGCUUUGUCCAACUUGCCAGAUACGCCGUGAAGGAUCGCGCCUAAUGUCAACGACUCCGCGAGGAAGCUCCUCCAGAUUAGGAAGGGUCUCCCGAUCUUUUAUACAACCAUCGUCGCCAAUUCUCCGACAAGAGUCGAGGACGACAGCAGACUAUUUGAGUCAUGGUAGCUAG